CACACGUAGACAGUUCCCCCACGUAGUUGAAGCGCUGAGUUUUUGUCUGAACUUUGGGAGCCAUUUCACGAGCUGACUUGGCGCUGCUGACAUCGACGUCACCUACAGGUGGCGAAGCAGUCCACGACUCCCAGGUGCGUCUCGCCGAUCAGGAUUCCUGCCUCACGUCGUGUGCUCGUUUAGUUUGUCCUGCCCGAGACGCAUGCGUCGGCAGCUUUUUCGCGCGAUUGCCACGAGUUUGUUUCCAGCCUUGGAUGGGCUUUCAGCGCUUGGCAAGUGGCAAUGCGGGACCCGGGUGCUCGCGGAAGACCUGGCGCGGUCGCGUGCGGCCCUCGUGGCGCAAUUGUCUUACCGGGGAGCGUCUUGUCACGCUCGUAGUCGUUUUGCCCAUACGUAUCUUUUGAGCAUAUCAUCAACGUGAAUGCUGUCACGUCGACGAUCGGUCAGCACGAGGCUGCGCUUUUUUUCCGUUAGCAGGCUGCGUGUCAUACACAUCAUGUCCUCCGUGCUCAAAAUCCCCACCGCGAUGGCCAGUGGGGCGGCCAGCCGCCGGCACUCCCUGGAUUGGAGUCAUGUCGGCUUGCCUCCGCGCGAGCCGCAGCUACGGACUGGCUUCGCGCCGUCGGUCAUUGCGAUCGCGGCGGUCAUCGUUGGCCUCUUCUUCGGUCUGACGCAGUACACUGAGCUGGCGGAAAACGCGCAGGAGCAGGUGGAGCGGUACUACAAGUAUUUUAUCGACGUGCAGGUCAUGAUAUUCAUUGGUUUCGGCUUCCUCAUGACCUUCAUGCGCCGCUACAGCUACGGCGCCGUCUCGCUCAACUACUUUGCCUCGGCGCUCAUGUUCCUGGAGGCCAUCCUCAUGAUCGGCGCCACGCAGCAAGUGUUCUGGAACUAUCACCGCACCAAGAUCCAGAUUGACAUGGCUCUGCUGAUCGACUGCGCCUUCUGCGCCGGCUCCGGAAUGAUUGCCUUCGGCGCCAUCAUCGGCAAGGCCACGCCCACCCAGGUCCUGUGGCUGCUCUUCUGGCAGGUUCCGCUGUACGCGCUCAACCAGCAGCUGGUGAUCCACACCUUCAAGGCGCUGGACAUGGGCGGCACCAUCGUCAUCCACCUGUUCGGAGCCUACUACGGAUUGGCAGCCUCGCUCAUGAUCAGCCGCAAGCAGCCGCUGCACGGCCUGGACAACCCCAAGAACUCGGGCGCCUACCUGAACGACAUCUUCUCCAUGAUCGGAACCAUCUUCCUCUUCAUCUACUGGCCCAGCUUCAACGGCGCCCUGGCCUCCGUGGCGUAUGCGAACCAAACGUCCGCCACCUACGCCGAGAAAUCGGCCCAGUUCCUAGCCAUUGUCAACACCCUCCUCUCUCUGCUGGGGGCGGUGCUAUCGGUGUUCGCCACCUCGGCCCUGGUGGGCGGCCGCUUCAACAUGGUGCACAUCCAGAACAGCACCCUGGCCGGUGGCGUGGCGAUGGGCGCCGCCUGCACGCUGCGCCUGACGCCGGGUGGCGCGCUGGCUGUGGGCCUGGGCGCGGGAGCCAUCAGCACCCUGGGCUUCCAGUACCUCAUGCCCUUCCUGGACCGCACCAUCGGACUGGGCGACACCUGCGGUGUGCACAACCUGCACGGCAUCCCCGCCAUCGUCGGCACGCUGGUGGCUGGUUUGGCGGCUCUGGGCCAGCACUCAGAUUACCUGGAGCACGACACCGGCCGCCAGCAGCUGGGCUACCAGGUGCUUGCGGGCGUGGUGACCAUGGGCAUCGCAAUCGCCGGCGGCCUGCUGGGCGGCUUCGUGGUGUCGUGGUUCAACCCGUGCCGCGAUGAGACCAUGGCUCUGCCCGAGCUGUUCGACGACGGCCCCUGGUGGGUGGGCCAGCGCGUGGAGCCCAUGCCCAUCUCCACCUCCAUCCACCUCAGCACCCUCAAUUCACGCCACCAGAAGGAUGGCGGCAGCACGCAGCGUGGCAACGCAGCCAACGCCUCUGUCAGCAUGGCCAAUACCCUGGUGCCGAACCCAGCGGAGCCCCGCCGCCAUGGCAGCGCCUGUCCUGCGGCGCCCAUUGCCGUUUCGGGCGUGCCCGCCGCCGUCGCCCACCACAGCCUCACUGUAUCCGGCCAGCAGGGCGCAGCCCACGGGGCAGCCGCUGCCAGCGAGAUCGUUGCGUCGGUGCCCUUCCUCGCCUUCCAACAGCAGCAACAGCAAAUGGCGGCGGCGGCCGCGGCGGCUCACCAGUAUCCGCAGCCGUUCAUGAGCACUGCUGUGCUGAUGGGCGGCGCGGCCGGAGGCGGCGGUGCCAAUAACGACAGGCCUUUGUUUAGUGAUGACGUAAUCGGAAUGGAGACGGCGCUUGCACCCGUGCAACCCAUGCAGCAGCCCGCCUACAGCCAGGCAUCCGCUGGGCCUAACAAUGUGUAGAUAGGGGCGGGUUACAGCCCGAAGGUGGGGUGCGGUGUUGCACGUACGGCGCGGCAAUGUGCGGCGCGCGCGGCGAUGUAUGGCGCGCAGUUUGGACUGGGACAGUUCGGAUGUAUGACGUACUUCAAUAAGCCAAAGACGGUCAUGAUCUCUUUCAGGAAUGGUGUGUUCGACCCCCUGUUAUGUUCAUACUAUGGGACUGCAUGUCCUGCGAUUUAUAGCAAUUCAAGUUUGGCCUCGUCUUUCAGCACCGGCUGCUGAAGCGGGGGACAAAGCAUACUUCUUGCUUGUUUGCGGCUGUUUGUAGCGGGCAGUAGUGUGAAGCAAUGAGUGGGUGCUAGUACGAAAGACUUCUAACACGGAAGACUUCUGGUACUAGGGUAGGAUUGUGGCAGUGGCGGACUGGAGUUGCCAGCGCGCCUCACGCACUGUUUCACAGGUGUGCAGUGCCCAUGUAGCUUUAAAGCACCCCCGCAUCAGCAGAGUAUGUGAGGAGCUUGGGACAUUGGUGAAUCUUAUUAGCCUGCGAGGGGCGUCGUUCGGUGCGUGCUUGCGCUAGAUAGUAUAACUUGUGAAUUCUUUAUGCGUGUAGUUUGCUUUUGCAAGGCUGGUUGGCAAUCUGCGCGAGGCAUACGCCGGGGCACAUUCAUACGUUCUAAUGGUGUACAGUACGGUAUGCACGGCCGUAACGGAUUGCCGCACGUGCAGGGCUAGUGACGACGGAGGUGUGGUAGGGUUAGCCGGCGGUGAGGGAAGGCCGGAAGCCGGAAGGGACGAGGCGGGCCGCGCAGGAGCUCUGCCUCCAGGCUCACAAGGUACUUGGGGUGCGUGCCAACCCUUCUGGCCUCUGCUGUUGCCCACUGGUAGGUGUCGCCUAAAACCGGACGGCAUUGCGGGUCUGUUCACCUGAGGAGGGUGGUUGCAUAACGCCCCCCGUGGCGUCAUGCGGGCCCACAAGCUCUGCCGAUGGCAAGUACUCCCACAUUCCCACUUUUGAAGAAAUGGUGACGGGCCGGCAGGCCAUAGCAUUGUAGGGGCCUGGUGUGAUAGCAUACAGGUAUGUGCGUGUGCCGCCCGGCGCGCGCAUGCAACAGCUCAUCCUGCACUGGGGCGGGCUCACUUCAUUCUACUUGAGAGCCCGCCCAUCAUACCGUAAUCCAGCAGUUACAUUCUGCUCUGUGCCGGCGGCACAAUGGCGAACGACCCCGGGGAUGUUUGCGCGCUCGCUGCGCCCGGUGUGUGAGAGCUGAGGCGGACCGGCGAGCCAGGGACGCAGUGCCAACGCACCGCUGUGGAACUUCUCUGCGCGCGACCCGGGUGCGCCACGAGGGGGUGCCACAAUUGUAAGACACAACGUCA